AAAGUGAAAAAAACAAAGGGGCAAAAUUCAACUUCCGCGUAGCGACGUCGAAGCUCUGAGCUAAUAUGCUUGGAAUCAUCUCUUCUUCACACUGACCCUAUAAAGAAAAGCCACCAAGCAAAUGGCUAAAAGUUUAGCCUAAAACCCAGAAAGUACUACAAAGGCAAAGCACAUGCUAACCAAACCAAGAAAAUUAAAUUAAAUUAAUUAAGAGCAAUGGCAACCACAAGACUUUUACGUUCUUUUAGGCCUCUGCGUCAUGUUCCUCCUCCUGGUUCAACUUCAUCAUCUGUUACGACGGUGAAAUUCAUUGGCAAGAAUACUGCAGGGUUGGGUGGAGAGAAGAUGGUUUCAGGGGACGGUGACAAAAGGAAAUCAACGGCGGCUGCUAUGAAACCAUCCGUGUCUACUAAUGAGAGCUUGAUCACUGCAGAAUCACGGGUUGAUGAGGGAUUGGAUUUGUCUUCUUUGCUUGCAACUGUUUGCAAUGCUUUGUUUAAGGUGUUGAAGCCUGCUGUUAAACGAAAGCCCUGGAAUUUACAGGUCCAGAUGCUCAUUGAAAAGGCAAUAAUUGAUUGUCGGUUCUUCACAUUAUUUGCCAUUGCGGGAUCCUUGCUAGGUUCAGUAUUGUGUUUUCUGGAGGGUUGCUUUCUCAUUCUAAAGUCAUACUUUCACUAUUUUAAUACGUUAUCUCAUAGUUUUGAUCAAGGACAUUUGGUGCAGCUACUUAUAGAAGCCAUUGACAUGUUCUUGGUAGGGACAGCCAUGCUUAUAUUUGGGGUUGGGUUGUAUGUCAUCUUUGUGGGACCAAAGAAUUCAAAAGACGAAAGGCCAUGGCUGCCAGGAUCAAACUUUUUUGGGCUAUUCUAUUUGAAGUCUCUUCCAACAUGGAUGCAGAUGGAGUCAGUUACACAAGCCAAGUCUAGAAUUGGGCAUGCUGCAAUGAUGAUACUGCAAGUGGGAUUGUUGGAGAAAUUCAAGAACAUACCUCUAGUUACGAGUUUGGAUCUUGCCUCUUUUGCAGGAUCUGUGCUGGUUUCCUCAGCUUGUAUAUUCAUUCUUUCAAAACUCUCAGUUGGUGGUAUUUCGGGAGAAGGCAGGUAACAGAGGAAUGCUCGUAUCAGUGCAUAUAUAUUUGGCACGCAUUACGGCCAAGAAGGAACUAAACCUUAAUUCUUUUGUUGGUCAUACAUCUUUUGUAUAUUCUACUAGUACUUAUACAAUAGAAAGAAAAAUCCUACUUGUAUUACACCCAAAUUGAGCCUUAGCUUAGGCAUUAUGUUCAAGCCUUCUGUAUUAAGAAGAAGAAGAAGAAGGAAUGCCUCCAAGGCUCUAACCCCUAAAAGGAUUUUGCAGCUUUUACUUGUGUAAGUUUCAGCGCCAAGGAGAAACAAAGCAAGAAGAACAAUAUACAUUUUCUUAA